UCUUGCUGUUUCUGGCAAAUAAUUAAGUUUUUGCAAAUUGCGUUUGCAGUUCGUUGUUUUUGCUAUAAAUAAACCAACAAAAAAAAAAAAGUGUGUGUCAGCGGUACAAGCAAAACGAGCGAGAGACAUGCAGAGAGAGUGAGCGAGAGCGAGCAAGUGUGCGAGGGAGAGAGAGAGAGAGCAACAACACGAGGUUAGCUCUCACUAGGAUACUAAAUACAAAAAUUGACGUUUAAAACGCGCAGCAUCCAAACCGCUUUACACUAAGGACAUGCGCAAAUACUUUUUUGGUAGCAAAACUUAAGAGAGCGAGAGAGAGCGAGCGUGAGAGAGACCAAUUGCAAGAGAGCAAUUUGAGCAGAAAAAAGCCUCUUAGAGCUGGUUAGCCUAAAGCCAUUAUGGCCUUCUCCCGCCACAAUAUCGAAAAGCGCCGACUCAUCGAGCUAGUUCGCCAGAAUCCCAUACUAUGGGACUGCCGUUUGCCCCAUUACAAGCGUUCGGACAAAAAGAAGGCCAUCAAAUGGAACGAACUGGGACGCAUGUUCAAUGUGAAUGGUGAGCGUGUGCAAAGGACUUUCACAUCGUUGCGCGAGAUAUUUCGUCGUGAACUGAAUCAUGAGAAAAUGUUGGGAGCCCAACGUUUUACAUCCAAAUGGGAAUAUUAUGAUGCCAUGGCAUUCCUUAAGGAGGUGAUCAGAGAGAGAAAAUCUCGUGAACGCAUUAAGCAUGACUCUACUUCGGGUGAAACGUCCAACAAUAAUAAUAACAAUGUCAGCAGUAACAACAACAACAACAGUAAUAGUAAUAACAACAACAACAACAACAAUAGUGUGACCCACGAUGAAUAUCAAUAUUUUGCCCCAAGUGAUCCCAAUAAUCCGAAUAAUCAAUUGAAAACUGGAUCAACAGUGUUACCUCAAUCACAAGCUUUAGUAGUGCCAUUAGCCACAAUGCCCCUGCCGCUACCCCUGCCAUUGUCAUUGCCAUUGCCACAGUCGCUUGCAACAACAGCAGCAGCAGCAGCAGCAAUAACAACAACAGCAGCAACAACAUCUGCAAUGUUGCCUAACCUCAGUCAAUUGCCAUUGGCACGACAGCAACAGGCACAGCAUUUGCAGGCUCUACAAUUGCAACCGGAUGUGACAUUAACCUCACUGAAACCCACAUCGACAACCACUCCAAUGACCACCAAUACCGCCACCACCACGCCCACAGCCGCAUCCGCCACAUCGCCCACUCAGGUCUUGUUAUCCAGUUCACGAUCAUGCAGCAGUUCGCCCUCGAUCUAUAUCAAAGAUGAGCCCGAUGACUCCCAGGACGACGAUGAAGAUGACGAUGAAAUAUUGAAAAAGCCACGCCAAAAAUUGGCAACAAUUCGGCCAGCCACCAAGCAACAGCUCAAGUCACGCCUUCAGUUGCCAAAGACCAACAGGGAAGGACCAAGUGGGGGGACAGAUGGAGCUAUUGCUCGAGCCACUGCCCUAUAUGCCACGCCCCCGCCACAUUUGAUUAUCAAUGCCAACAAUGAGCUAAUCGAUGCCGAUGCCGGGGACUUGGAUGACGAUCUCGAAGAUGAUUUCGAUGAGGAGGAAGAGGAUGAUGAGUCGCGUGUGGUUGAUGUCGACAUGAUGACCGGUCUGGGUGGACGUCUCUCGCCAUCGAGUAGCUUUGGCAUCGGAGGGAGCGGCGUACCUGUUGGAGGGCAUGGCGUUGGCAGGGGCGGCAUCGGGAAUACCCAUCACACGCAUCAUCACCACCAUCAGCAGGGACCUAGAGAGCUUUUAUAUAACAAAUUUGGCGAUUUUCUGGCAGCUCGACUGAACACACUCUCCGAACCGUUGGCCAAUGAGCUAAUGAAUAAGAUUUUGCUGCUAAUUGCCGAGAAGUGAGAUGAUGAGACUGCAUAUCGAGGCAAAGGAUCUAAUCCAAAACUAAGAGAAACCCCAUCAAUUUGUAUAUAUAUAUAUUUAUACUUUUAUAUACAUACAUACAUAUAUAUAUAAAUAUAUAUCAAGUGAGUAUAAGUGACUUGAA